CCAGUCCAAGUAGCUGUUCUGUACGUAUAACAAGCAGCACCUUAACAUAUUCCAGAUCUAUAGACGCCCAAGUUUGCUGUUGGUUUUCUGUAUCCAAGAUUUUAAGUCCAUCAUUGGCAUUCCAUUUCUAUCCGGCGUUUCGAUAGCUGUCCUUGAAAGCUCGCUUCAGUUCUUCUGUUCUUGGGUAUAUCUUCUCAGAGGCCACCUUCGUCGGCGAGGUCAUGGGCUUGCCUUGCUUGUCUCAGUGUGGAGCAGGAAUGGGAUCUAACCUUGGAAACAACAUUGUACUGUUCUUAUGGAAACAUUUGAAGUCCCGAGCAGGCUAUCUUCUACGUUACAAGAAGAAAGUCAAGAAACUCGAAGAAGAUUUUGAGCAUUUAAAGAAUGUAAGAAAUGACAUAAAACGAUCUGUCGAGACAGCUAAUAGAAGAGGCGAAGAGGUCAAUGAUGUAGUAACUGCAUGGAUGAAUAAAGUGGAUAAACUGGAGACAGAAAUUGUUAAUAUGGGGAAAGAGGUUGGACAGAACAAGAGAUGUCUUAAAGGGUGCUUCCCCAACUGUUCCUGGCGCUAUCAACUUGGCAAGGAGGCUACAAAGAAAAAAGCUGAUGUUGAGGUGCGCCUUGGAGAGGUGCGCUCUGGAGAAGUAAAUUGUGAGAGUGUAUCUCAGCUUCCUCCUCCGCCAACCUGUGAGGCCAUGCCUGUGGGUGAUUUUAUGGCCUUCAGCUCCACUAGAAUCACCAUGGAUAAGGUUAUGAAUGCAUUAGAAGAUGAGAAUACGCACUUGAUUGGAAUAUACGGUAUGGGUGGUGUCGGCAAGACAACCCUGAUGGAAGAGAUUGGCAGAAGAUUGAAAAAAGAUAAGAGGUUUGAUGCUGUCAUCAAAGUGGUUGUAUCACAGAAUCCAAACAUUGAGCAGAUCAGACGUGAGAUUGCUGAGCUGUUGGGCAUGAGUCUCUGGGGGAGUGGUGAAUCUGCUGCUAGGGCACUGGCUACUAGGUUGCGUAAGGAGAAGAAAAUUGUGAUAAUGCUGGAUGACAUAUGGGCUAGGUUAGAGUUAAAAGGCAUUGGAAUUCCUUUCGGAGAUGAUCACAUGGGUUGCAAAAUUUUACUAACUUCUCGUAAAUCUGAAGUAUGUGAUUUGAUGGAAACUGAUGUUUCGGUCCUAGUAGAUGUAUUGUCAGAACCAGAUUCAUGGGACCUUUUCAAAAGUAAGGCUGGAAAGGUUGUUGAAACCUCUGAUGUAGAACCCGUCGCAAGAAAUGUUGCAAAAGAGUGUGGUGGUUUGCCGCUGGCAAUUGUUGUAGUUGGAAGGGCAUUGCGAGGAUAUAAUGAAAGAGGUGCCUGGGUUGAUGCACUGCUCCAGCUCAAACAAUCCACUCCUACAAACCUAGAAGGUGUGGAGGAACAGUUGUUCAAGUCACUAGAACUGAGCUACAAACAGUUGAAAACAGAUGAGAUGAAAGUGUUGUUUUUGUACUGCUGCUUGUUUCGUGAAGACUAUGACAUAAGUGAGGAUGAACUUACACGAUAUGCAGUGGGUGAGGGUCUAUUGAAAGGUUUGUACUCUUUGGAGAAUGUACGAAGUAGAGUGCACUUCUUGGCUGAGAAACUGAAGGCUUCUUGUUUGCUAUUAACCAGUGAUAAAAUUGGAUGUGUUAAGCUGCAUGAUGUGGUCCGAGAUGUGGCUGUAUACAUCGCAUCCAAAGACAACAAUCAUUUCUUUGUAAAAGCUGGCCUAGGAGUGAGAGAUUGGCCGGAGGGUGAAAACUUGGAAGCAUGUAAGAGAAUUUCACUGAUGAAUAAUGACCUAUGGGCACUACCUGAUCAGCCAAAUUGCCCCAAGGUAGUGACCAUAUUAUUGAAUAUAAAUCCUAUCACAAGUGGUAUGCCGGACAAUUUCUUUCAACGAAUGGCAGCACUUUCUGUUUUAGACUUGAGUGACACUGACAUUGAAUCAUUACCUUUGUCACUUGCACACUUGACAAACCUAGUGACGCUUCGUCUGGACAGAUGCAAAAAAUUACAAGAUAUUGCUAUGAUUGGGAAAUUAAAGAAACUGGAAAUACUUGGCUUGCAGAAAUGCCGAAUUAGUGUGUUGCCAGAAGAAACAGGAACCUUGGUUAAUCUGAAGCUCCUGGAUAUAUCAAACUGCAGUUCUCUUAGGAUACCAUCUAAUUUGAUACCUAAGCUAAUUCGGUUGGAAGAACUGUACAUGAUAGGCUGCAAUGUGAACAAAGAUCUCCUUGCUGAGAUUGCUUUCUUGAAACGCUUGGUCAGAUUACAUGUGUAUGUAAGGGAUGCCAAAAACUUUUCUCAAGAUUUUCUCCCUGUCAAUGCUUGGGAGAAUUUAAGCCACUUCAUUAUUUAUAAUGAAUUGGAUUGGUUUUCGUUGGCAUCUGUGUACCAAAGAAAUUUUUUUCUCAAGGGAGUAAGCAACUCAUUGAAUUGGGCUAAGGUAUUUUUGGGUAAAACAGAGGAACUCAUGUUAGAUGACUGCCAGUGGGAUAUUGUGAAUUUGGUGAAAUUAGAUGGACAAAAUGGUUUUGCAGGCCUGAAGAAACUACGCAUUACAAGAUGCCAUCACAUAGAGUGUCUUCUUGAUACAACACAAGUGGCUCCUUCAAAUGCAUAUUGUGACCUAGAGAUUAUUAACCUUUGGAAUUUAGAAAAUUUGAAUAGCAUCUGCCAGGGACCACUUCCAGCUCUAUCAUUUGGAAAAGUUAGAAUCUUGGAUAUAAUGCGCUGCAAGAACUUAAAUAAUAUAAUGCCGUUUGACUUGCUGCAAAGAGUGCAUUGCAGUCUAGAAGUGCUUGCCAUUAAAGAAUGUGGUGAACCACAAGUGGCAUUCAAUUUUGAGGGACUUCAGCAAGGGAGUAUUAUGCUGCCAAAUUUGAGUAAUUUGACACUGCAGCGUUUACCAAAUCUGACCAGCAUCUGGACUGGACUCAUUCCUCAUGGAAGCUUGCAGAAGCUGAACACUCUGGAAGUGUCCAGUUGUAACAAACUUGCAUAUCUGUUCUCAUGUCAGUUGGAUACUGGACACCAGAGACUGCUACCACCUGGGACCUUCACAAAUUUAAAAGAGCUUAAAAUAUCAAGGUGUAGGGCCAUGAGCUAUCUCUUCUUGCCAAGCAUAGUGCAUGAGCUCCAGAGAUUGGAAAGGUUGGAGCUCAAAGAUAAUGAAGCGAUGGAGAAGAUAGUUGCAGAGGAGAAUGGUGUUGAGCUGGAGAAAGGAGCAUUCCCCCUACUGAAGGAUCUGUUACUAAUAAACUUGUCCAAGUUGAGUAGCAUCUACUGUGGGGAGCCAGCAGCAAUAUUUCUUGAUUGGCCUUCACUGAAAUACAUCAAGCUGGGGGGAUGUUCAAGUUUGAAGAGUCUCCUGAUUGGUCCAGAAAGUGCACCAAAGCUAAAGAAGGUGCAUGUAGCAGGACAUGAUGAUGUUGAAUGGUUCCAAAAUUUGGAGUGGGACGAUCCAAGCAUCCCUUCCCGCUUUUUUAUCUGGUGCAAGCUUGGGGAGAUGAUGGAUUGGAAUGACGUCUUCGAGCCCAUGAAACAUAGUUCGUCUACUGCUUUCUAUCAGUUUAUCCCAUGUUCCUUUAUCUUCUGGCAACUGUUUUCUAGUUUUGAGCAGCUGCAGCCAGCCCUCGUAACAUCUCUUCUCUCUUCUGUAAAAGGGACCAUGGAAGUUUUGUCUUCAAUGAUAACUGAGAUCGGGAAAUGUUUAUGGCCACCUCUUAAGACUCGGGUGGCCUACCUUGCAUGUUACGGCAAGAAAGUGGAGGAACUCAGGGAACAUCUGGACAAACUGCAGCCGUUAAGGAACGACAUAGUAAGACAAUUAGAUGAAGCACGUAGAAAAGAUGAAGUGAUCAAAGAUGUAGUGAAUGCGUGGCUAACAAGAGUAACUGAAUGGGAGAGCAACACAAGUCGAAUAGAAGACAAAUUUAAACAGAAUAAGAGAUGCUGUAAAGGUUGCUGCCCUGAUUGGUCUUGGCGCUAUAGGCUAGGCAAGGAGGCUGCAGAGAACACAGUUAAAGCUGAGAAUCUCCUACAACAAGGAAAAAGUUUUGGCAGUGUGUCUCAGCCUCCACCACAACCAAUUUUUGAAUCCAUGCCAGCAGGAGAUUUCAUGGCCUUCACCUCGACUAGAGAAGCCAUGAAAAAGGUAUUUGACGCACUGGAAGAUGAAAAGAAGCACUUGAUUGGGAUUUAUGGUAUGGGUGGUGUUGGCAAGACAACUUUAAUGGAGGAAAUAGGCAGGAGAGCUAGAAGAGAGAACAUGUUUGAUACUGUUGUAAAGGUGGUUGUAUCACAAACACCAGAUCCAGUGCAGAUUCAACGCGAUAUAGCAGAGAGCUUGGGCAUGACACUUCGGGGCCAUGGUGACUCAGCAGCUGCAGCACUUGCUUCCAGGUUAAAGAAGGAGAAGAAGAUUCUAAUAAUGCUUGAUGAUGUCUGGGCUAGAUUAGAGUUGAAAAAAGUUGUUGGGAUCCCAUUUGGAGAAGACCACAGUGGUUGCAAAAUUUUAAUCACCACCCGGAAAGCUCAAGUAUGCGGAACGAUGGAGUGCGACACUGCAGUCCUUGUUGAUGUCUUAUCGGAUGAGGAUUCAUGGGUUCUAUUCAAAAGCAAAGCUGGGGAAGUCAUCGAGAAUCCUGAUUUGAAACCUUUGUCGAGUAAGGUAGUUAAGGAAUGUGCACGCUUGCCAUUGGCAAUUGUUGUGGUUGGAAGGGCACUACGAGGGCGUGACAAGAAAGGCAUGUGGGAAGGUGCCUUGCUGCAACUGAAGCGAUCUAUUCCUAAGAACCUUGAAGGUGUAGAGGACCAAUUGUUUAAGUGCCUAGAACUGAGUUAUAAUUAUAUGAAAGAUGAGGAGACAAAAUUAUUGUUUUUGUUCUGUUGCUUAUUUCGUGAAGACUACAACAUAACCGAGGACGAGCUAGCAAGGUAUGCUGUCGGUGAGGGAUUCUUGAAGGAUGUCUCUGAAUUAAAGGAUGCCCGAGCAAAAGUGCACUUAUUGGUGGAGGAUCUUAUAGCUUCUUGUUUGUUAUUAAACACUGACAAAGAGCGGGUUGUAAAGAUGCACGAUGUUGUUCGAGAUGUAGCUGUAUAUAUUGCAUCGAAAGGUGAGAACCGUUUCUUCGUGAAAGCUGGGCUAGGAAUGAAAGAUUGGCCAGAGGAAGAAAAUUUGGGAGAAUGUCGGAGAAUAUCACUGAUGAAUAAUGACAUAAGCAUACUUCCAGAUCGGCCAAACUGCCCCAAGGUACAUACACUGUUACUGAAUGUCAAUCCAUCAUUACAUAGCAUGCCGAGUGACUUCUUUAAGGGGAUGGUAUCACUUACUGUUUUAGAUUUGAGUGACUCCAAUAUUGAGUCAUUACCUUCAUCACUUUCAUGCUUGACAAAGUUGGGGACACUUCGCUUGGAUAGAUGCGAAAAAUUACGUGACAUCUCUCGGAUUGGACACUUGCAUAAACUUAAGUUACUUGGCUUGCAGAAAUGUCCAAUUAAUGUGUUGCCAGAAGAGAUAAGUACUUUGGUCGAUUUGAGGCUCUUUGAUUUGUCAUACUGCACCUCUCUUAGAAUACCACCUAAUAUGAUACGUAAGCUAUGUCGGUUGGAAGAACUGUACUUGAAAAGCUGCAUGAUAAACAAAGCUUUGCUAGUUGAAAUUGCUUCUUUAGAGAGGCUGGUCUGUUUACAGGUUUAUGUGAGGGAUGUCAAAUAUUUUUCCCAGGAGGUGAUUCCUCCUGGUGGUUUGAAAAACUUGAACCAGUUCAUCAUUUAUACUGAAGUAGAUUGGUUUGUUUUGGCUAAUGUAUAUCAGAGGAAUUUUUAUCUCAAGGGAGUAAAUAACAUUGCAAAUUGGGCUAAGGAAUUGCUGAGGAAAGCAGAGGACCUUAUCUUUGAGGGAUGCAAGUGGGAAUUCACGAGUCUGGCACUGCUAGAUAAAAGCAAUGGUUUCAUAAGUCUGAAGAAACUCCGUCUUACAAGAUGUCAUCACUUGGAAUGUCUCCUUGACACAGAAGAAGAGGCUUCACUAGUUGCCUUUGUUAACUUAGAAGUUUUAAACCUUUGGAACUUGGAUAACUUGAAUAGAAUCUGCAAAGGACCGCUUCCAGCUCUUUCAUUUGGAAAAUUGAAAAUGCUAGAUAUAAUGCGGUGCAACAAAUUGGUUGAUAUAAUGCCAAGCUACUUUCUGCGAAGAGUGCAUAGCUGCUUACAUGUAGUUGCUGUGAAAGAAUGUGAGAAUCCACAUGUAUUGUUCAACUUCGAAGGACUUCAGAAUGAAAGUGUACUUCUGCCAAAUCUGAGAACACUGACACUACAUCGAUUGCGAAAUCUAAAAAGCAUAUGGAGUGGAGCUGUACUGCCUGGCAGUCUGCAGAACCUGAAUUCUGUAGAAGUCAUUGGUUGUGAUAAUCUUGCAUCUAUUUUCUCACAACGGUUGGGUUUAAGUCACUCAAAAUUUCUACCCCCGCAAGCCUUUAGAAACUUGAGGGAGAUAAAAAUAUGGAGCUGCAGGAGCUUGAGGUAUCUCUUCUCAGCAAGCUUAGCCAAUGAACUCCAAAGUUUAGAAAGACUGGAGCUGAAAAAUAAUGAUAACAUGGAGGCAAUAAUUGCAGAGGAGGAUGGUGUUAUACUAAAAAAGGAUGCAUUUCCCUUGCUCAAGGACCUAUUGCUCAUAAACUUGUUGAUGGUGAAAAGCUUUUACCAAGGGGAGCCAGCAGAGAUAUUUAUUGAUUUUCCUUCACUAAAAUACGUCAAGUUGGGGAGCUGUCCAAAUCUAAGAAGGCUCCCAUUUGGCCAGGAAAGUGCACCACGGCUGAGGAGAGUUCAUGUUGCAGGAGAUGAAGAUGUGAAAUGGUUCCAGAGCUUGGAAUGGAAAGAUGCAAGCAUCCCUUUACGCUUUGAUAUCCAGUUGCCUCCACCUGUUGUAGGACUCCCAUAAGAUAGCUAUAAUAGACCAUCUGAAUGGCAGCAUGUGAAUUUUUCCUUUGCUAGCAAUUUAUUAUGAUUUAGAAUUCAACCAUGCACAUUAAAAUAGGUAAGCAGGUGAUGAUGUGCCCUAAGUUUGAUUCAAGUUUGGUAAUUGAAACUAGGACAUCAAUACUUUUUCAUUUGCAGGUGUACCCAUUAUUGCUAUUCAGUUUCUUAAGAUUUACCUUAGAAAUUGAAUUUAAAAAUGGUCACAUCUCUGAAACUCAAAUCAAGAUUUAAGACUCAAAUAAUUGAUGCUUUUAAUUCAGAUUCCAGCCUAUUACAAACUUACAUCCUGUUACUUCCUGUAAGCUUUUCAAUUUUCACCAAGCAGCGUGAUAUUCCUAAGGGCAGCUAAGCUCUGCGCUGUACUUGUGAAGGCUAAGCCUGUGAUAGUCUACAGUCUGGCUUUAGCAACAUAGCUUUUUCAAAUUAUGUAUUUAUGUGGAGUAAUUAUUAAUUCUGGACUCUCAAUCCACCAAUUGAAAGCCAACUUAUUUUGGAGUACUUUUUCUGAUAGAACAAACAGUUGUAGCUGAAUGCAGGAAAAGACUAGAUUUUGGUCAUGUCUACUCUGUUUUUCUAAAUGCUCCUUAAUAAUGGCUGGGAGGAGCUUCCUUCUCUUUUCCUUCGUCUUUCAAUGUUGCUGACAAAAUUACUAUGUCAACA